UGUCUAAAGAAAACUUGUUGACAUUCAAAUACUUUUCAAAUGACGGAUUCACUGAGCUGACACUGAAGAAACAACAUCAUGGGGAAUCUUUACUCUUUACUCUGGAGUGGUAAAAUAGAGGGAAAUGAGUGUUACAAACCUGAACAAAAGAAAGAUGAGGUUUCUACCACAGUGAAAAGUAGAGAAAAGUCUCCUCCCGGGCUGUCUCUGCAGGAGGAGAGGGGAGCCUUAAAGGAGACAACAGAGGAGGAGACUUUAAGGAGGCAAGAAGUGGAAACUUCCUCUGAAAAACCGACUUGCAGUGAGAAGAGCAGCGCACAUGAAUACACUGUCGUUGAAGUUAACGCCUCAAGUCCUUGCCUUUCUGAAACACUUGAUUGUGCUUCAGCCAUUACAGAGGAGAACGAGGCUGAAUGGGUGGGCAACAACAGACCUAAGCUCAUUCAGACUGUCACUUUAGUGAUGGCAAUAGCGGAUGAGAUGCUCCAGCAGAAUAUCAUGCAUAAAGAGACGUACGGCAAAAUCAAGGCUGCCCAAACCAGCCAGGAUCAGAUGAGGGAGCUCUACACUACCCUCACAUCUGUGAAAGCCAAAUCUGCCUUCUAUAGAAUCCUCCAGGACAUUCAGCCAGUGAUGUGUGAAACAGAAGAUGUCAUCAAUGAAGUCAUCAAAACGCACAAAGCACAUCUGAGGGAAAAGUACAGAUACGAGUUUGAAGGCCCUGAAAAUGAUCGUAGGGAUGCACAAUCAUUGGACAAAAUUUACACAGAGCUUCACAUUGUACAGGAAGAGAGAACACUAAAGAGGGGACAAAAUGUCAAUAUAGAACAUGAGAUCUGGGAGAUUGAAGAAAAGGCGAGGAGUCAAACAGCUGAGGAGGGUAAUAAAAUCAAUUGCAAUGACAUCUUUAAUAUUACACCAAAAGAUAGCAUGUCAUCUGGGCAGGACAAAACUGAAGUGACAGCUAUCAGGACCGUGAUGACAAAGGGAAUUGCUGGCAUUGGAAAAACUGUCUCUGUGAAGAAGUUCAUCCUUGACUGGGCAGAUGGGAGAGCCAAUCAGGACUUGGACUUUGUCUUUGUGCUACCAUUUAGGGAGCUAAAUCUGGUAAUAGAUCAGCAUACCCUUGAGACACUUGUGAGAGUGUUUCAUCCAGAACUUAAAACGGUAGCAGUUAGAAGAAUAUUUGCUCAUCACAACGUUUUGUUCAUUUUUGAUGGUCUCGAUGAAAGCCAGCUUCAACUGGAUUUCAAAGAAACCAACAUAUUGACAGAUACCACUAAGGAAUCAUCUGUGGACACUCUGGUAACCAACCUCAUCCGGGAAAACCUUCUUCCCUCCGCGCUUGUCUGGAUAACCUCAAGACCAGGAGCAGUUCAGCGCAUCCCUAGCAAUCAUGUAUACAGGUGGACUGAGGUCAGAGGAUUUAAUGAUCCACAAAAGAUAGAGUACUUCAGAAAGAGAGUUGAGGACAAGGCAAUUGCUGAAAGAAUUAUUAACAACAUUAUUAUGUCCCGGAGCUUAUACAUUAUGUGCCACAUACCUAUCUUCUGUUGGAUUGCGGCAAAAGUUCUUGAGUAUUUGCUGGUAAAAAUGGACAACACUCAAGACAAAGACACAAAGAUACCCUCGACUCUCACUGAGAUGUACACACACUUCCUUUGCAUUCAAAUGCAGGUAGCUACCAAAAAGUAUGACAAAAAGGACGAGUUAGAUAAAGAGGAGAUCUUCAAGUCCAAUGAAGGAUUCAUUUUUAAAUUAGGCAGGAUGGCAUUUGACCAUUUGAUUAAAAGCAAAAUCGUAUUUACUGACAACGAUCUGAAAAAAUAUGGCAUCGACAUACGCAAAGCUGGAGUUUCCUGUGGGUUGUGCACAGUGAUAUUCAAACAAGAGGACGCGUUCAACACAAAGAAACUCUACUGCUUUGUUCAUCUGACAGUUCACGAGUACUUCGCCGCUCUCUUUGUGUACCACAGUUUUGCAAGUAAAAAGAUAGAUUCCCCAAGCCUCAAGGAUUUCCUGCUCAAAGGGUCCGUUGAAGAGCUCAAGUCUAUCUUGGAUGCAGAUCCAGUUGCUUUACCUUUGGAUGAGCUGAUUGAGAUUACAAUAGCUAAUUCAUCUGGGAGAAAGACAGGAGAACUGGACAUGUUCCUCAGGUUCCUUAUUGGCAUGUCCCUACAAUCAACACAAGAUCUGCUUCAAGGUUUGAUUCAGCAAGAAGAGGAACAUUCUGCAGUUAUUGAGGAAAUUAGGACAAGUCUUCUAGAAAUCGAUUUAGGGGACUGCUCACCCGAAAGAUGUCUGAACCUUGUUCACUGCCUGGUCGAGCUGAAAGACAGUUCACUACACGAUACUGUGCAGAAGUAUCUGAAACUAGAUCACGAUCCAGAAACACAGCUCUCCCCUGUUCAGUGCUCAGCUCUGGCCGACUCAAUUCUAAUGUCAAGUACGCCUCUAGAUGAAUUCAACCUGAUGAAAUACAGACCAUCAGAAAAAGGUAUUUUAAGGCUUCUCCCAGCUGUGAGGAACAGCAAAAAAGCAAGAUUAUCAGGGGUGUGGGUUGGUGUUUUGCAGAGUGAAACAAUCUCCUCAGCUCUUCGAAUGCCAAACUCUGCGCUCACUGAACUGCACCUGAUAAAUAGUACCUUUCCUGAGAAAGGUACAAAGAUCUUGAUUGAUGGACUUAACAAAUCACAGUGUAAACUAGAAGCUCUAAGUCUGUCAGGUACUACAGCCAUACAUCCAAAGGAUAAAAUGGCAUUAGCUAUCAUAUCAAUCAUCAAAAAGGAAACUCUAAGGGAACUGGAGCUGAGUGCCAACGCACUGGGAGAUUCACUGUACUCUUUGCUUUCUGUUGGACUAGGCAGCCCUAAACUGGAGAAACUCAGACUGAACAGAAAUCUGGGGAUUGCAAAAAUCUGUAAGGAGUUUGUUACGGCACUCACAUCCAAGCCAUGUUACCUGCGAGAGCUGGAACUGAGUAACAACAGUUUGAAAGACUCAGAAAUGGAGAUCCUCUCUAUUGGGCUGAUGAGCACAAACUGCAUUCUGGAGGUGUUGAGUCUCAGUCACAACGGACUCACUGAGAAAGGUUGUAAGAUGUUGGCCUCAGCACUCAGCUCCAAAGCUUCCCGCCUGACAGAGCUGGACCUGAGCUACAAUGACCUGCAUGACUCCGGAGUGAUGGCGCUCUGUACUGCACUGAUGAACCCACUUUGUGGGUUGAAAACACUAAGGCUGUCGUUCUGUAAAGUGACAGCAGAUGGAUGUGCCUCCUUGGCCUCGGCUCUGAGGUCUGACCACUGCAGCCUCAGGGAGCUGGACCUGAGCUUUAAUCACCUGACAGAGCGAGGAGUCGAGCUGCUGACUGAAAUACAGAGGGAUUCAGGCUGCAGUCUGGCGGAACUCAAUGUGGACCAGAAUGAGGAAUACUGGUUCGACCUGAACCUACUGAGACAGUAUGCCUGUGAUCUGACACUGGACCCUAACACAGUCGGUCGGAAUGUAGUUUUGACAGAAGAGAACAAAAAGGCAACACAUGUUGAGGAGAAGCAGCCUUAUCCUGACCAUUCAGACAGAUUUCAAUACUCUCAAGUACUGUGUGAAGAGGGACUCACCGGUCGCCAUUACUGGGAGGUUGAGUGUCAUUAUGCUGAUGUUGGAGUGGCAUACAAAAGCAUAGACAGGGAGGGAGACUGCUCAAGUGAAUAUACUUUAGGGACAAAUGAAAAGUCUUGGUGCUGGUUACAUAACGGUACCUUUAGUCAUAAUAAUUCCUGUGAGGGGUUUAGGGGCCGCGCUACCGAGAUCAGUACCAUUGGAGUGUAUCUGGAUUGGCCGGCGGGUAUUUUGUCCUUUUUUGAAGUCUUUUCUGAUAAACUGACACACCUGUACACUGUCUGUACAACUUUCACUGAACCACUACAUCCUGGUUUCAUGUUUGAGAGAGGAUCAAUUUACCUCCAUAAACUAAAGUAAGCAAAAAUCUUUGAGGAAACGUGUGUAAAAGUAAAAAGAACUACUCUCUGCUGACUACAUGCAACAGUGAUACAAUACAUGUCAUACACUGAUUUAAUAUUACACUUUGUAAAUACCGCCCUAGGUAUCAAAAUGUAAUUUUGCCCAAUAGAUCCAAGUCUUGGGACAUGUACAACGUUUGAAUUAUUUUUCUAUGUGGAAGUAUGAUUAAGUAAUAUGCGCAGGGUUGGUUUUAAGCACUGUUUGCGCCGUUUGCAGUUUCUUGCAAAAAGUUGUAGCACACUAUUCCUACUCAAUAAACACAUUUUUAAUGUGUAUUCUUAUGUAAAGUUAUGUACAGAAGAAUGAUAAUAAUAAGUAUGCCAAAGGUUUCCUAUGCAAGGGUCAAAGGACAGAGGGUGUUGUAUGCUGUACAGAUUGUA